UCACGUGACGCCCGUGGAAUGCCAACAAUGUAGCGAAUGUCCCACUUGGGUCUGCGCGUUGGAACAGCGGCGUGAGCGCCCCGGGAAGAUGGAGCAGCCGCCGCCCGCGCCGCCGCCGCCCGGGGCUCCCCUGUCCCUGCGGGGCCAGCAGCAGCUCCAGCCACCGGCGCCCGGUCCCCCGGCGCGCGAGGCCCCGGAGCCACAGCCGAGGACGCCCCGGAGCGUGUAGACCGCGCCCCAGGAGAUAGUGAAGAUCUUCAAAAUGAAGACUCUGGACAAUUUCAGGUUCUCUAUAGGAACUACAAAAAUUGAAGGAAAGAAAAUUUUCGAAAGGAAAUUGUUUUGAAAGUAUGUUUACAACUAACUGAUACUGUUGACUUUUUUUUAAAUAAUAAAACACUUUAAGAAGAUUGUAUGUAUGGUAAAAGGAAACUGGACUAACAAUGAGGCCAAAGACUUUUCCUGCCACGACUUAUUCUGGAAAUAGCCGGCAGCGACUGCAGGAGAUUCGCGAGGGGUUAAAGCAGCCAUCCAAGUCUUCCUCUCAAGGGCUGCCUGUGGGACCAAAUACUGACACUUCUCUGGACACCAAGGUCCUGGGGAGCAAGGAUGCCACCAGGCAGCAGCAGCAGCUGAGAACCACCCCAAAGUUCGGACCUUACCAGAAAGCUUUGAGAGAAAUCAGAUAUUCCUUGUUGCCUUUUGCUAAUGAAUCGGGCACUUCCACAGCGGCAGAAGUAAACCGACAAAUGCUGCAGGAAUUGGUGAAUGCAGGAUGUGACCAGGAGAUGGCGGGCAGAGCUCUCAAGCAGACCGGCAGCAGAAGUAUUGAAGCCGCCCUGGAGUACAUCAGUAAGAUGGGCUACCUGGACCCGAGGAAUGAGCAGAUUGUGCGAGUCAUUAAGCAGACUUCCCCAGGAAAGGGAAUCGCACCAAGUGCUGUGCCACGGAGGCCGAGCUUUGAGGGAACAGGCGACCCUUUCCCGCCCUACCAUGCGAUGAGCGGGGCAGCCUACGAGGGCACCAGCGCACUGGAGGAAGUGCCUCGGCAGUACGUGGACUUUCUCUUUGUUGGAGCGAGCCCUCACGGUGUGCCUGGCGGCCAUCAGCACCAGCCCAAAGGCCAUGCUGCGAACCUGGAGGCCACAGGCAUGAAUUUCCCUGGGACCAGCCCCGGCGUCCAGGCCCUGCCACUGCAAGGGCCACACUACAGGCCACAUCUGCUGGUGCCGGGGGAGCCCCUGGGCUAUGGCGUCCAGCGCAGCCCCUCCUUCCAGAACAAGACGCCGCAGGAGGCAGGAGUGUUCUCAAACCUGGCUGCCAAGGGCCCGGCGACGCAGCCAGGGGCCGGCCAUGCAUUCCAGCCAGCGGGAGCAGCGACUGGUCUGUACGUGCCACACCCACACCAUAAGCAAGCCCACCAGAUGCACAUGAUGGGCUCUCGGGGCCAGGUGUUUGCAAGCGACAGCGCCCCCCCGAGUCUGCUUGCUCCCUCUAGAAACAGCCUCAACGUGGAUCUGUAUGACGUGAGCAGCCCUCCCGCCCAGCAGUGGCAGUCGUCUACCUUGUCCCGCCGCGACUCUCUUCAGAAGCCGGGCCUGGAGGCGCCGCCCCGCCAGCACGUGGCGUUCCUGCCCGAAGGCCCUGUCCCCAGCAGAACCAACUCCUUCAACAACCACCAGCAGCAAGGGGCCGUGCCCCUCCGGGCAGGAGUGCCCAGCAAACCAGAGCCUACCAUGCCCUCCCCCAACACCAUCACGGCCGUGACGGCCGCCCACAUCCUGCACCCAGUGAAGAGUGUAAGGGUGAUGAGGCCUGAGCCCCAGACGGCCGUGGGGCCCUCCCACCCAGCCUGGGUGCCGGCACCCCCCCCAGGGGUGGAGAGUCUGGACUCCAAGGAUGAGCACCCUCUGCCCUUGGGGGGCGCCACUGCGUACCCGCUGGAUGUUGAGUACGGCAGCCCGGAGAUGAGGUGCCCGCCCCCGCCGUACCCGAAGCACCUGUUGCUUCAGAGCAAGUCCGAGCAGUACGACAUGGACAGCCUGUGUGUGGGGAUGGAGCAGGGCCUCCGAGGGGGCCAGGCCGCGGAGCCCGCCGAGAGGAACAAGAGCCACAAAAACGCCAAAGGGGAGAAAAUGGGGAAGGAUAAAAAGCAGAUCCAGACUUCUCCUGUUCCUGUUCGGAAAAACAGCCGAGAUGAAGAGAAGAGAGAAUCUCGCAUCAAGAGUUACUCGCCAUACGCGUUUAAGUUCUUCAUGGAGCAGCACGUGGAAAAUGUCAUAAAAACCUACCAACAGAAGGUCAACCGGAGGUUGCAGCUGGAACAAGAAAUGGCGAAAGCUGGACUCUGUGAGGCUGAGCAGGAACAGAUGAGAAAGAUUCUUUACCAGAAGGAGUCUAAUUACAACAGGCUGAAGAGGGCCAAGAUGGACAAGUCCAUGUUUGUGAAAAUCAAAACCCUGGGGAUUGGUGCCUUUGGAGAAGUGUGCCUCGCUUGUAAAGUGGACACUCAUGCCCUGUACGCCAUGAAGACCCUGAGGAAGAAGGAUGUCCUGAACCGGAAUCAGGUGGCCCACGUCAAGGCUGAGAGGGACAUCCUGGCUGAGGCAGACAAUGAGUGGGUGGUCAAACUCUACUACUCCUUCCAAGACAAGGACAGCCUCUACUUCGUGAUGGACUACAUCCCUGGGGGGGACAUGAUGAGCCUGCUGAUCCGGAUGGAGGUCUUCCCUGAGCGCCUGGCCCGGUUCUACAUCGCAGAGUUGACCCUGGCCAUCGAGAGUGUCCACAAGAUGGGCUUUAUCCACCGAGACAUCAAGCCAGACAACAUUUUGAUAGAUCUUGAUGGCCACAUCAAACUGACAGAUUUUGGCCUCUGCACUGGAUUCAGGUGGACUCACAAUUCCAAAUACUACCAGAAAGGGAGCCACAUCAGACAAGACAGCAUGGAGCCUAGCGACCUCUGGGACGAUGUGUCUAAUUGUCGAUGUGGAGACAGGCUGAAGACCCUGGAGCAGAGAGCCAGGAAGCAGCAUCAGAGGUGUCUGGCUCACUCCCUGGUUGGGACUCCAAAUUACAUCGCGCCAGAAGUGCUCCUCCGAAAAGGAUACACUCAGCUCUGUGACUGGUGGAGUGUUGGAGUGAUUCUCUUCGAAAUGCUGGUGGGGCAGCCGCCCUUUUUGGCCCCUACUCCCACAGAAACCCAGCUAAAGGUGAUUAACUGGGAGAACACGCUCCACAUUCCAACCCAGGUCAAGCUGAGCCCUGAGGCCCGGGACCUUAUCACCAAGCUGUGCUGUGCCGCUGACCACCGGCUGGGGAGGAAUGGGGCUGACGACCUGAAGGCUCACCCAUUCUUCGGCACCAUUGACUUCUCUAGUGACAUCCGGAAGCAGCCAGCCCCCUAUGUUCCCAAGAUCAGCCACCCCAUGGACACCUCAAAUUUUGACCCCGUCGAUGAAGAAAGCCCUUGGAAUGAUGCUAGUGAAGACAGCACCAAGGCCUGGGACACACUCACAUCCCCAAAUAACAAACACCCUGAGCACGCGUUUUAUGAAUUCACUUUUCGAAGGUUCUUUGAUGACAACGGUUACCCCUUUAGGUGCCCAAAGCCUUCAGGAGCAGAAGCUUCACAGACUGAGAACUCUGAUUUGGAAAAUUCUGACCUAGUGGAUCAGGCUGAAGGUUGCCAACCGGUGUAUGUAUAGACAAUGACUCGGCAUCCGCGACUCUGCUUCUUCAGAAGUCCGGGGGGCGCAUAGCUGGUUCCUUAACAGGCCAAUGGACGUUGAGGCCAGCUUUGCUUAAGUUAGUGCAUUGAUUACUUCGCUUGAAAUUCUGUUCUUCACCAAAAAAUCCCAAAACAAACAAGAAAUCUUUUUAAAAAAGUACUCAAGUGUAGCAGAUCUUCAUUUCUAGAUUCUGGUUGAUGGCAGGAGGUGGGGUGGGGUGUCAACAUUGCUUUGAAUUGACUUUUGAGGACCUUCACUGCAUUAAAACAAUAUUUUUAAAAAUUUAAUACAGUUUAGAAAGAGCACUUAUUUUGUUUAUAGCCAUUUUUCUUACUAAAUUAUAGGGAUUAACUUUGAGAAAUCAUGCUGCUGUUAUUUUCUACAUUUGUAUUUUAUCCAUAGCACUUAUCCACAUUGAGGAAAAGACAUAAAAACUGAAGAACAUGUGAUAAGAAAUCUCUGUGCAAUAAUGUAAAAAAAAAAAAAGAUAACACUGUUCUGAUGUUACUGAUACAUUUUAUUCACACAAUGGUUUUUGUUUUAUAUUUUUUCCCACAUUUCAAAAUUGUGAUAUAAUGUUAAAAGCUGCUUUUUUUUCUGCUUUUUGCAUAUUAUAGUAUAUUAGAAAGUGUGAACAAGGUGAUUAUGUGGGUAUGAUUUCAGAUGUCUGGUGUGUAGAAAGUGCUGCAUGAGCAGGGUUUUUCUAUUAUAAAAUUACCAUAUCUUGCCAUUCACAGCGGGUUCUGUGAAUAUGUUUUUACCAAGUAUCUUUAAAUGAGAUGUUCUAGACAGUGUGCUGAUAACGUAGCGUGUGGGUGACUUCUUCGCUAUGAUUGUAUCCCUUAUUGUUUUGUUAAACAAAUGCAGAUGUGUAAAUGAGAAGUGAUUUUUUUGUGUGUGUCUUGGGUGUGAUUGGAUUCUUUUGGGGGUGAGCUUAAACAUUUGUCAUAUACUAAACUUGUAUACAUCAAAAGGGAUUAAUUUAGCUAUUCCAAAAAUUUUAAGUUAAUCAUGGAACUAUGUCCAUUUCAAUAGUCAGUAUGCUUUUUCGUUCUUGGUGUACCUGAUGUGUGGAAUCAGUGGCUGUGACCCUGCUGCCAGCAGACUGCCCACACUGGAAGGUCUGCGUGACGCUGUUCCUCCUGCUGUCACAGACAGCUGAGGUGUUACCAUGAGGAGAUUUAGUAAUCUGAGGGUUCCUUCACAUUUUUGUUGUUGUUGUGCUUUGAAGUAUCAAUCUUAACUUGGUUUUAAAAAUACAUUUUUCUAAUCUUUGUAAAACAGCAAGGAUUAUUCAAAGUGACAUUGGAAUAAAAAAUAAUUAAGCCAUACAUAUUUUCUUAGAAGUGUAGAUGUAUAUAUAACUACAUAGAUAAACACACAAAAUAUUCCUUAUUUCAAAUUAGUAUGAUUCCUAUUUAAAGUGAUUUAUAUUUGAAUAAAAAGUUGAAUUUUUUUUUGCUUUUUGAAAAAUCCAAUGCAUCAUAUUUUUCAUUGUAUUAUUCCACAUAUUUUUCCUUCAAGUUUUUAGCAUAAUGUAUCCAUUAUUUAGUAUAUAUCUAGGCAGCAACACUUAUAAGUUUAUCAGUGUCUAAACUAAAAACACACGAUUCCUGUGUACUGGUUUACAUUUGUAUGAAUGGCAACUUCUGGAGUCUGCUGUGCUUGUCUCGUGACUGUCAGUAUUGUCGCUACUUUAUAGUGAUGCCGUGUCGUUAUUUACAGCGCUCUGACAUACUUUCAUGUGGUAGUUUCUUUCUCAGGAACCGUUUAACUAUUAUUUAUUGAUAUAUCAUUGCCUUCGAAAAGCUUCUACUGGCACAAUUUAUUAUUAAAAUUUUUAAUCCA